AUAGUAGGUCAUAGCGGUACUACAAAACCUUUGGUUUGGCGGCAAAAGAUGAGUUCCUUGUCAAAAUUCUUCAAGUCGAGGAAGAAUGACAAGGCAGAUACACAGACUGCAAUCCAAAAGCUUAGGGAUACCCAUGAGAUGCUCACGAAAAAGUCCAACUUUCUUGAGGGCAAGGUAGAAGAACAGAUAGCCCUAGCCAGAAAAUAUGGUCUAAAAAAUAAAAGAUUGGCUCUUCAGGCUCUGGCUAGAAAAAGGACCUAUGAGAAGCAGCUUGCUCAGAUUGAUGGAACACUGAACACAAUCGAUAGUCACAUUGAAGCACUAGAGAAUGCUGGAACAAAUGUGGAAGUUUUGAAUGCCAUGCGAUAUGGAUCAAAUGCUCUAAAGAACGUUCACAAGAAUAUGACUGCCGAUGAUGUUCAAAAUAUUAUGGAUGACAUUCAGGAACAAAGAGAUAUUAGUCAAGAAAUAUCCAAUGUAAUAUCUACGCCUAUGGGUCUCAACGCCGACUUCGAUGAAGAUGAUCUUCUGCGUGAACUCGAGGAACUUGAGGCUGAGGGUGUUGAACAGAAAUUAUUGGAUGUCACUCCGGUAAUACCUGAUUUGCCUGCUGUCCCAGACUCUGACUUAUCAAUACCUACUGCAUCGCGUCAAACACCAAGUAAGCUGUUUAAAUUGUGUCUCCACAUUAUUUUCUGCCUGUUAUAUGGUUUACUUGUCCAGUUCUCCCAGGUUUUCCAAUGGUUCUCUAACCAAUGUCAGCUCAUGAUGAAAUCCAGUAACCAAUCAACCAAAUCCCUACAAACCAAUAUUUGAAUAUUAGUGAGAUGCUCACU